AUGACCGCAUCCAUGGUCUCCAAUGCCACGGUCGAUCGAUCCACCUCAGCCAUUACAGUCUCGUUCGACAUGGCAACCAAGCUGCUAAAGAAGCCAUUGAAGCUUGCCCUCAUCCAACUUGCUUCUGGCGCCGACAAGCAUGCCAACCUCUCCCACGCCCGCCAAAAAGUCCUCGAAGCCUCAAAGGCAGGCGCGAAUCUUGUAGUCCUCCCAGAAUGCUUCAACAGUCCGUACGGCGUGAAGUACUUCGCCAAGUACUCCGAGACACUCCUACCCUCACCUCCCACAAAAGAGCAGUCUCCAUCAUACCAUGCCUUGAGCGAGAUGGCGAAGGAGGCCAAGGCGUUCUUGGUAGGAGGCAGUAUACCAGAGUACUGGGAGGAGACGAAGAAGUACUAUAACACGAACCUCACAUUUGGACCUGACGGAAAGCUGUUGGCAACCCACAGGAAGGUACACCUCUUCGAUAUCGAUAUCCCAGGAAAGAUCACCUUUCGGGAAAGUGACGUCCUCUCGCCAGGUAACAAAGUCACCAUAAUAGACCUCCCGGAGUACGGCAGGAUUGCUGUGGCUAUAUGCUACGAUGUGCGCUUUCCGGAACUCGCCAUGAUUGCCGCACGGAAAGGUGCUUUCCUGCUCCUUUAUCCUGGUGCCUUCAAUCUCACAACAGGGAAAUUGCACUGGGAGCUUCAGGCAAGGGCGAGAGCUAUGGAUAAUCAGGUAUACGUGGGCUUAUGCUCGCCUGCCAGGGACAUGCAGGCCGAGUAUCAUGCUUGGGGACAUAGCAUGGUUGUUGAUCCUAACGCGGAGAUCUUGGGAGAGUUGGAGGAGAAGGAAGAUAUUCUUUAUGCUGAGCUGAAUGGGGAGAGGAUCGAGGAGGUGAGGAAGGGGGUCCCGAUCUAUACGCAGAGGAGAUUUGAUGUUUAUCCUGAUGUUUCGGAGGGCAAGGUCAGAUAUGAAGAGUAG